AUGAAGCGAACCAGGGCGCAGCAGCCCAAGGUCGAGGAGCCACAGGACCCCAGCGCAACCGUCACCGCCGCCAACCCCAAGCCGCAGCGCCGGGCCAAGCAGCCGAGGCAGCCCAAGGCGGCGGGUGCGGGCGCCAAGACGAAGCCGGGCGCCGCGGGUCCGCGCGUCGCCGCGGCGGCCGCCGCCGCCGCAGCAGCAGCAAAUGCUGGCUCAGCCGCGUCUUCGCCCGGCGGGCCGGAGAUGGUGGCGCCGACCGUGCCGGACGUGUGCGUCGGCGGCGGCGGGGAGGGAGGAGACGCGGACGACGCGCGCGCCGUGGACUGGGACCUCGACGACGCCGGGCUGAACGCGGCGGCGGCGUGGUGGACGUGGGGCGUGGACGAGGAGAAGCUGCUCGGCUGGUUCCCCUUCGUCGAGGAGGACUUCCGCUGCGCCGGCGGCCACGCCGGCGACGCCGAGGUGGCUGCCUUCGACCACGACAUUUGGAGCAUCUGGUGA